AUGGAGGAUCAGGAUGAGAGGAUUGAAGGUGAGGAAGAAAUGGCACACUCUGCUAAGAGUAGUCGUUUGAAGAACCGAACCUCUUCUAUGGUAUCAUCUGCAAUAAAUUCUAAUUUCAUAAUAGAGGAGGAAGUGUCUGUAACCUCUUUACCGUUCUCCAACAAUUCCUCCCUUUACGACCAAUCUUUAGCAGAACAACAAUCAUCGCAGCAACUGUCAUCCAAUAGGAUUGCGACUACAUCUACUAGUGUCCCGGGAUCAUUAACCACUGAUGAACUCAUCGAAACGAUAGAGAAACAAUUGCGUAUAUUGGCAUCCAAUGUCCUGAGCGUCGUUCUACAAAUCAAUCAAUCGAUCAUCAAUUGUACGCGGGCGUCGCUGAUGAUUAUUGAGUAUAUUGAUUCGACAAUAGCCCAAAUUGGAAGAAAUGAAAGACUGAAGUUCCUGCCUCCAAGACAAUUUUGCACCAUCGAAAGUCUAGGGCUCAGAAAGUUCGUUAAAAGUAUUCUUCUGUUGAUAGAUGUGAUACUCAGAGAUGAAGUCUAUCGUCAUUCCCGAAGUUUGAUUCUUUCAAAAUCCCUAGAAUUGAUGGUCAAGUUGAAAUUAUCCAACUCCAAGCAACUAACUCCUUGUCUGUUUCCUAUCGGCUGUACAUCUCAGCCUUUACCGAACCAGGACAAAAUAAACAUGAUCAUGGAACAGCUCGCCAGUGAGGGAAGUGGAAUUUCUGAUCAAGAGGGAGCCUUUGUUGCCCCCGUCUUGAGAGGAUUUGGAGAGCCCAGUUUGUCCAUACUAACAUUUAUAUAUGGCUUUCCUCAAGUGAGCAAGGAACACAUCAAGAUCGUCAACUUAUUCCAUGGUAUGUCCGAGGACAUGCAUUUCAUGUGUCAGCAAAACGCAAUCAAACCUGCAGCUACCAAAUUCAAAGCACCAUUUAGGAUUAGCAACUCGUUACUUCCUCCCAUUAGCAUGAGUAUAUCUACAUGUGAGUCUAGUGGACUUUCAGGGACGCUGGGAGGAUAUUUAUACCCCAAGAUUCCCAAAGACACUAAAAAUGAGAAGCUUCUGUCGGAUUUGAAUAGUACUUUUGCCAUCACUUGUGCUCAUGUUUUACUAGACACCAGCGGCAAAGCAACCUCAAAUAUAACGUCUGCUUCAGACACGAGCAGAAUUGCAGUUCCGUCGGCAGUUUUAAUCAACUUGUAUCGAAAAGCCCUAUACCAAGAACGAAAUCGAUACCAGGAGUACAGUGAAGAAUACCAGGCUUAUAACCGUGUGGUAGAAGAUAUCAAUGUUCUGUUCCCUCCCCAGCAAUUGGUGUUCCUUCAAAAAUUACCUUUAGACUCUGAUAACAAGUACCGAAAACUCAAGAUCAAGAGAAAUUUACCCUCAAAAGAUUUUGGAAAAGUAACGUGGGCUGAACGAGUUAUAGAUGAGGAAUCAGGAGAGCUAUCAGAUCUGGCCAUUGUGAAACUUGACACUAAAGACAAAACUCUUAGAGUUUCCAAUCACUUAGGAGACGAUGUUUCCUACAACGAGUACGAUCCCUCAUUGAUCAUGAGCAAUUUGUAUGUGAAAAAAGUCAUCGACCUUGACACCUUGGAUAAAAGGGCUGGAGGAGGUGGAACCACCUGUGCAGGCGGUCUGAAAGUGUUCAAGUACGGAUCUACUACCAAAUAUACAUCUGGUAACCUGAACGGCGUCAGGUUAGUAUACUGGAACGAAGGAAAGUUGCAAAGCUCCAAAUUUGUGGUUCGAUCCUCUAAUUACUCUCAAAAGCUUGGAGGAAACAGCAACGCCGAAUCAAUUGACAACAAUGGUGUGGGUUUUGCCUCAGCUGGAGACUCAGGCGCAUGGAUUCUUUCCAAGCUACAAGAUGUUAGGGAGUACCAGUCAUUCACUGAAAAGCUAGGUGAAGCUACGAUGAGCAUUUUCGAUUUCCACGGUCUUAAACAGGAGACUUCUACUACAGGGCUUGGGGUAGUUGGUAUGAUUCAUUCUUACGACGGUGAGUUCAAACAGUUUGGUUUGUUCACUCCAAUGACAUCUAUUCUACAAAGACUUCAACGAGUGACCAAUGUAGAAUGGUGUGUAGCGGGUUGCGAAGAUGGGGAUGUGGACACUGAAGGAGAACACGAAUUGAGUGAUUUGGAACAACUGCAUAUGCAUAGUGAUUCCGACUAG